AUGGUUUCUAUGAAACAUCUCUACUUUUGUUCUAUUUCCUUUUUCCUUGGCCGUUCUGUCAAAGUUGCCGGGUUUCCACUCCCAUCAGCCGGUACCGGGGUUUCAACCGAGCCCAGGCAAUCCUCCAACAUUUUUGACACCAGGGGAGAUGAUGGUGCUAGUGUCGUAGUGGCACCGAUCAGAACUACUGGAAAGAUUCGCCAUCAAGACAAGCGCGAUGAACUUUCAUCUGAUAUUGGCUCUCGGGGGCUAAAUAGGCUUGCACCUUUGGAACUGAGGGCGUGUAAGGUCCGCAAGUUGGCAACCAGAGUCGCGUCAAAGAGGCCUAAGGCCAAGAACCCAGCCACCAUUAGCAAACCUGGUGGCCCAAAGAAGUCUACUACUAGGCAUCCUGCCAGGAAGCCUGCUGAUACUAAGAAGCGCUCUGCCGUCAAGAAGCCAGCUCCCUUCAGAAAUUCAUCUCCUACUAGGAAGCCCGCUCCUAUCAGAAAGCCUGCCGAUACCAAGAAGCCAACCGCUGCCAAGAAGCCCGCUGCCGCUAAGAAACCAUCCCCCAUCAGAAAGUCAUCUUCUAUUAGGAAGCCAGCUAUUGUCAAGAAGCCAGCUGUUGUCAAGAAGCCAGCUGUUGUCAAGAAGCCAGCUUCCAUCAGAAAGCCUGCCGAUACCAACAAGCCAACCGCUGCCAAGAAGCCCGUUUCCGCCAAGAAACCAGCUCCCAUCAGAAAGCUAUCUCCUUCUAGGAAGCCAACCGCUAUCAAGAAGCACGCUGCUACCAAGAAGCACGCUGCUACCAAGAAGCACGCUGCUGCCAAGAAGCCCGCUGCUGCCAAGAAGCCUCUUGCUGCUAAGAAACCAGCUCCCAUCCGAAAGCCAUCUCCUGUUAGGAAACCAGUUGUGGUCAAGAAACCAGCAGGUACUAAGAAGACAACUGCUUUCAAGAGGCCAACGGCAGCCAAGAAAUCAAAGACUGUGAAGACUGCCCCGAAGAAGACUGUUACCAAGAAACCAAACGCUGCAAAGAAGUUAACUGCUAAGAAUCGUUCCAAGGGCCCAACUCCUCCAAGGAAUGCACCCAAAAGUCCUGCCAAAAGUACAGCUAAAACAUCACUGGUUGAAAAUGCAUCUAAGUCGUCGGUCACCAAACCCAAAACCCCAUUGCCCCAAAACCAAAGAGUCAACAGCAAGACUGAGGAAGUGAGGCAGGGGAAACUUCAUAAGGUCGACAAUCCUUGCAAGAGGUCAAACACCGGUUCAGAUGCUGGCCCUAGUUGUCAAUUACCUGAUCCGCCGGCGCCACCUGCUCAGCCUGCGUCGGGUUCUCAGACCGACGAGAUCGAGAAAGCUCGGAAGGAAGCCUUGAACGCUCUGACGUCUCAAGCCAAUGAGCCGAAAAAGAACCCGAAAAUCACUGAUGUGGCAAAUCUAUUUGUGGGUAGUUCGGAUGAUCAGGCGUCUAUAAUGCAGACCUUGGGACAUUCCGCGCAGCGCGAGAGAAAACACAUCGUCGAAGAAAAACAAAAGAUCGAAACGAAUCUGAAAGAAAACGAAGGGUACAUCGCUCAGAAUACGGCCUUGAUGAACCAACAGAAGGCAGACUUGGAUGCAAAGGCUGCAGCGGAAAAGGCUGCAGACGAGGACAGGAAAGACAAGCAAAUUGCAGCUGAAAAAUUCCUCAAGGACUGGAGCCACAAAAAAGAAAAGAAGCUGAAAGAAGCAGGGGUUGUUGAAGGAUCAGGGGAGGACAUCACUCAACUCGACCAAUUGACAGAUGAUGGGAGCUCGUAG